UUCCUCUCGAAGGAUAUGUUCACUAUUUUGCUAGCAUACCGGUACUCGUACCGCGGUAUGUUCAGGCUUUCAAAAUACCAGUAAAGUCGCCACUUAGUCAAAGAUCUAGGGAUCGAGUUUACGUCUCUUGAUCUGCUUGUUGCUCGUCUUGCAAGCCUCGUAGAAGUGGCGCACUGUCGGAAGCAGACAUGGCGAAGGAAAUUAGUUCACUCUCCAGAGCCUAUUUGUUGCUCUACAACGGAAUCCUGAGCAAUGGGUGGCUGAUCGUGCUCGUUCAAAUGGUCCAGCACCUAGUCAAGACCGAUGGUGACUAUGCUGGUGUAUACGAGGCGGUGGCUUUGCCUCUGCAGGUGUUCCAGACUGCGGCUAUCCUAGAAAUCGUCCACGCCGCCAUUGGAAUCGUUCCUUCCUCCGCAGUGGUCACCUUUGCUCAGGUCUUCUCUCGCAUAGUUGUUCUCUGGCCAGUCCUGCACUACACGAGCGGUGUUUCGGCUACGUACGGUCCCGUCAUGAUGAUCACGUGCUGGUCCAUCACCGAGAUCAUCCGCUACGCGUUCUACGUGUCCUCGCUGCUGCAAUGGACGCCGUACGCGCUGCUGUGGUGUCGCUACACGUUCUUCUACGCGCUGUACCCCCUCGGCGUCUUCGGUGAGCUGGUGUGCGUGUACCGCGCCAUGACCGUCGUCAAGAACACCGCCCAGUUCUCGUUCCCGCUGCCAAACAGCCUCAAUGUCUCGUUUGACUUUUUCUGUUUCUUGGUGCUGUUUGCCGCGCUGUACCUGCCUGUGUUCCCCCACCUCUAUCUGCACAUGAUCAAGCAAAGAGCCAAGUACAUUGGCAAGCCAAAGACGGCCUAAGUCAUAUGCAGCUGUCACGGAUACUGCUAACGGAUUGUCGACCGCCAACUCCUACUCCUCCCUCAGUAUGGACUGCUUUUGAUACUGUGUGCGUUUUCGCUAGCGUAUCUGUCUGUCUCUUUCACUCUCUCUCUCUCCCUCUCUCUCUCUCUCUCUCUCUCUCUCUCUCUCUCUCUCUCUCUCUCUCUCUCUCUCUCUCUCUCUCUCUCUCUCUCUCUCUCUCUCCCUCUCCUGCUCCUGCUCCUAUCUUCCAUCCACUGAGUUUCUUAAUAUAUUUCGACACUACCUAAGGCAUUUAGCCUCACAUUGUCGUCCAUGGAACAGAUAUUAAUGAUGACUGAGUUUAUUUUUGUUUUUAAAAUAUUUAGCAGUGCUGUCAAACUUGUAGUGACCUUUUCUCCUCCUAUGUACUUGUACAAUUUUAGGUCAGAAAAUUUUGUUUUAAAAUUCUUCCGCCAAAGUGUCCUAUGUUGAGUCACACUGAACUGAGUGUCCCGACCA